GCUCCCAGGCCUACCUGGCCAGCAGCACCCAGCUGCUCCCGGGCGCACCUGCUGUGGCGAGAAACCCUCCAGAGGAGCGGGCACCGGCGGGUCAGGGUCCUGAAGAGGUCUUCCACGUGGCCUACGUCCUCAUCAAGUUUGCCAACUCACCCCGGCCGGACCUCUGGGUGCUGGAGCGGUCCAUGGACUUCGGCCGCACCUACCAGCCCUGGCAGUUCUUUGCCUCCUCCAAGAGGGACUGUCUGGAGCGGUUUGGGCCACAGACUCUGGAACGCAUCACACGGGACGACGCGGCCAUCUGCACCACCGAGUACUCGCGCAUCGUGCCCCUGGAGAACGGAGAGAUCGUGGUGUCCCUGGUGAAUGGGCGCCCAGGCGCCAUGAAUUUCUCCUACUCACCGCUGCUGCGGGAGUUCACCAAGGCCACUAACGUCCGCCUGCGCUUCCUGCGCACCAACACGCUGCUGGGCCACCUCAUGGGGAAGGCGCUGCGAGACCCCACAGUCACCCGCCGGUAUUAUUACAGCAUCAAGGACAUCAGCAUCGGAGGCCGCUGUGUCUGCCACGGCCACGCGGACGCCUGUGAUGCCAAAGACCCCACAGACCCGUUCAGCUCCCCCAACCUUUCAGGACACAACAGACAACUUCCCUGCUGCCGCCAGCCCUCACCUUCACUCCAACCAAGCAGGGACCAAGGCCCAGGAUGGGGAUGGUGGGAUGGGGGCAGCCAAAACCCCACAUCUGCUAUGCCCUGUGUGCCUGCUUUCGGGGGCGGCCAAGGGCACUGCAGAGCAUCCACCUCCCGGGCGCCCCGCACAGAACGGGCAGCGGCCCUGGUGCUGGCACCUGCACAUUCCUGGGCCCCACCCAGAAUCCUCAGUGAG